GGCGCAUAGCAACCAAUGAGAAUGAUGGAAAUGUAGGUGAUUUCUCCAGACUGAAUAAGUAGGAGCACAUCUCAUUUUACGAUCUCAUUGUGAAGGCUUUUGAGUUAGAAGGUGUUAGUUUCAGUCAUUUUGGGUUGUUAAGCAAACAAAUAAGCAAGAAUGAGGGAGAUUGUGCAUUUACAGGCUGGACAGUGCGGCAACCAGAUUGGUGCCAAGUUCUGGGAAGUCAUUAGUGACGAGCAUGGAAUUGACCCAACAGGCAGUUACCAUGGCGACAGUGACCUUCAGCUGGACAGAAUUAAUGUUUAUUAUAAUGAAGCCUCAGGUGGAAAGUAUGUUCCACGUGCUGUACUGGUGGAUUUGGAGCCUGGUACAAUGGACUCUGUGAGGUCCGGUCCAUUUGGUCAGAUCUUCAGACCAGACAACUUUGUUUUCGGCCAGAGUGGUGCUGGAAACAACUGGGCUAAGGGCCAUUAUACCGAAGGAGCUGAGCUGGUUGACUCAGUUUUGGAUGUGGUUCGGAAAGAGGCGGAGAGUUGUGACUGUCUGCAGGGCUUCCAGCUCACUCACUCCUUGGGUGGAGGUACAGGGUCUGGUAUGGGUACCCUCCUCAUUAGCAAAAUCCGUGAAGAGUACCCUGACCGUAUCAUGAACACCUUCAGCGUGGUGCCCUCUCCUAAAGUCUCAGACACAGUGGUAGAGCCCUACAAUGCCACACUGUCGGUCCAUCAGCUGGUGGAAAACACAGAUGAGACCUACUGUAUCGAUAACGAAGCCCUUUAUGACAUCUGCUUCCGCACUCUUAAACUCACAACACCUACAUAUGGUGACCUCAACCACCUCGUCUCUGCCACCAUGAGCGGUGUCACUACCUGCCUGAGGUUUCCCGGUCAGUUGAACGCAGAUCUCCGUAAACUGGCAGUGAACAUGGUGCCCUUCCCCCGUCUGCACUUCUUCAUGCCCGGCUUCGCUCCUCUGACCAGCAGAGGCAGCCAGCAGUACCGCGCCCUGACUGUUCCCGAGCUCACCCAGCAAAUGUUCGACGCCAAAAACAUGAUGGCUGCCUGCGACCCCCGUCACGGCCGCUACCUGACAGUGGCAGCUGUGUUCCGUGGCCGUAUGUCCAUGAAGGAGGUGGAUGAGCAGAUGCUCAAUGUUCAGAACAAGAACAGCAGCUACUUCGUAGAAUGGAUCCCCAACAACGUCAAGACCGCCGUCUGUGACAUUCCACCUCGUGGUCUCAAAAUGGCUGCCACCUUCAUCGGCAACAGCACUGCCAUCCAGGAGCUGUUCAAGAGAAUCUCUGAGCAGUUCACGGCCAUGUUCAGGCGCAAGGCUUUCCUGCAUUGGUACACAGGAGAGGGCAUGGACGAGAUGGAGUUCACAGAGGCUGAGAGCAACAUGAACGACCUGGUGUCCGAAUACCAGCAAUACCAGGAUGCCACCGCUGAGGAGGAAGGAGAGUUUGAGGAGGAGGGUGAAGAGGAGCUUGCUUAAGUUAACACUUCUGCUGUUUUCCAUGGUGUUUUUGUUUUCCUUUUUCAAAACUUGUCCCUCGUUUAAAUUUUUUCUUACUGCAUUUUCUGUCACUUAAAACCUUCAGUUGUUCCUUUUUCAUGUAAAUGUUAAUAAAACAAAUACAAGAAAUUCA